AAGAAAUUAAAAUCAGAGAAAUAAUACAUGUUAUACUUUCAACAGAGAAUACAUCUGCAUGUGCUGCCGUCUAGGCAUUUAGAAAGAUAUUAGUAGCAUGUGGUAUUUCUUCCUUUGUACUUGAUAAGGCCACCUAGCUUCUCUACACGCUAGUUACUACGCAGAUUUGUCAACUAAAACAUGAUAAGAAGUCUAGGCACCACCGUAAGAUGUUGGAUCUUUAUUAAGUCCUGUCCCACUGUAGUAAUGGAGUCUUAGCCUCCUUAUCGUUAUAUUUCUUAUAGAUAAAGCUUAAAUAGUUCAUAGAUAUGCUGCUUUGCUGUAGACACUAGAAUGAAAGAGAAAUUUAGAAGUUACAACAGCAGCUUACAGAAUAUGUAGGUGUUGUAGCUGAUAAACAAGCUUACAGAAUAUGUAGGUGUUGUAGCUGAUAAACACUUAUAUCAGCAUAAAACCAACAGUGUCACAGAGCAGAGAGCUUUGUACUUUAGAGUUAGAAAGGUGUAUGUGCAGAGCCACUAAACCAACGUGACCUGUAGCCACUCUGGGUCUGGACUGUGGUUUUUGUUUUUUAUUUUUUUCUAAGAGACUUUCUAAACCAGGUGACUUAGGGACAUUCUGAUAAUAACCAGAAGACAUUGUUCUGCAUUACGCUUUGUAGGAGUUCUGCAAUUCUGAAGUGGACUUUAGGCAAAUCGUUUAUUUUGAUGUGUCCAUAGAGAGAUUUACUGCCUGUAAAUUUGUAUAUAAAUAACCUGAGAAUUGAAAAUGAACUUGAAACAAAAAAAAAGAAAGGUGUGUGUGUAUUUAUAUAUAUUCAUAUAUGUGUGUAUUUAUACAUAUUAAUAUAUAUGUGUAUGUGUGUUUAUAUGUGUGUGUACUUAUAUAUAUUCAUAUAUGUGUGUAUGUCUGUAUUUAUAUAUAUAUGUGUGUGUGUGUUUAUGUGCAUCUGUACAUGUACACAUAUAUGUACAUAGUGCAUUUUAUGAAAAUAAAGUAAAAACAUUUUUAAGAUUUACUUUUUGUUUAAAUCAUGCGUAUCUGCAGUAGGGCUUUGUGUGAGGGCAGAGCCCAUGGAGGACAGAGAAAGGAUCCCUUGGAGCCGGAGUUACAGUUGUUUUCUAGCCAUCCCCAAUGGUGCUGAGUGCCUCUGAAAGAGCAGUAAGUGCUCCUAUGUGAUCUCCUUGCUCUUCCUGAUGAGGCAGUGGGAGCAGAAAGGACAAGGGAGUGGGUAGGGUUGGAAGCCCUGUGAGUACAUACUGUGAAUGACCGACCUGGACCAGCUAUCAGGACACAGAUCAACUUCACUUAGGUGAUUCAAGGCGUAUAAAGUUUUGGAGGACUGAGGGUAGGAACAUCUAGGAUGGGCAGAGGGCAUUGGUUGAGGGCUUAAGGUACCAACAAUGCUUCAUUAGCAUGAAGAAGCACGUUAUGAAUCUCAGGUGCUGGCUAAACAGGUUCUUAUCAGGAGAAAGGAAGUUGAUCCUAUAAUGUAAUUGAGGCUAUGGGACACUCCUCAGGUAGAGACGAGUAGGGGCUUAGAAUUCCCCAGAUAAGGUCAGAGAAUGAGAAGCCCUGCCGAUGAAGGGAGUCUCCCAUAGUGAGCUGAUCCCAGAGGCUAUCCAAGUCAUGGUGGACUUGGACCUUAGUUACCAGAAAUUUUCCAUACUCCUAAGUAUUGAAUCAUUGCUGUAGGCACUAUAGAAAGAUAUUUAAGUUUAAAAGUUUUUUCUUAGAAGGACAUAUGAAUUAAAAUAACUAUAUAUAACAUAGAUGAGAAACAGCUAAACAGAGUGUGAUGGAUCUGCCAGCAAAACUAGUGUGUGAAUGCUUGAAAGAACCAUCAUCCUUAUUGGCAGUACAUUACUAACUUGGUGUAGUUAUUAUCUCAGAUAAUAGACAUAAAUUAUAGACAUAGUUUUGCAUUGACAAUAAUCAUGUAUUUUUUAAAAAAUUAGAAAAAUCUGAUCAUAAUGAUAAAUUAACUAGCUUAAAAAUCACAAAACUGUAACUUUAAAAAAUGAAUUCUGAACUUCUUUAUUUCAAAUAGUGGAAGCACGUGAUAGAAAAUUAAUACAGUUCUAAUUUUUACCUUUGAUUAAAGAUUAUAAGGAUUAUUGACUCCAUAGUAGUAAAAAAUAAAUUAGCUUCUUUCUAUACUUUCCUUCUGUCUGACUCUGACUCUCUGUUUCUCUCUGACUUUCUUUUUGUCAUUUUUUUUCUGUUUCUCUGCUCUAUCGUUCUGUUUGUCUCUCUCUGUUUCUGCUUCUCUUUCUGUCUGAUUCUCUCCCUCCGACUCUCUGUCCUCCACUAUAGUGUCUGGAUAAUCAUCUUGGGCCUCUUCUGGCUUGUUUUACUUUCAUUGUUCUAAGAAUGUCCCUCAGGUCAGAGACCAUGUUCUGCUGUUUUACUUUCCUAGUCAGAGAAAUGCUAUUUACUGAAAAUUUAUAAUACACUUUGGCUAGUUAGUGUGUUACAAAAAUAGUAGUUUAGAAAUCAAAUGAAAAUUUUAUUUAAGGAUCUGUUUUUCCUAUAAGAACUGGAAAAAGAUGACUCUGUUGUGAUUUGGGGGUUUAAAGUUAACAGUUUAAAGUUGGCUGCUUUACAGUUCUGACUUCUAAUGACUACUCCAGUUCAGAGGACCACAUUUGAAUUAGGGUAGGAAGAAAAGGGACCAGAGGUCUUGACAACUGUAAGUCCUCUCCAUUUAAAAAUAAAAGAAAAAGCCUUUCUCUAUGUAUCCUGUCAUAUCCUCACCUGAUAGUCUUUAUCCGUAUUCUGUGGCUUUCCUGUCAGCACAGGAGGCUGGACAGGUGAGCAGCUCAUCUGACUUGGAGAGUUAGCAAGCAAUGAGAGAGGAGACUGAAGUUAGCCUCCAACUCUGGUACAAAUCAGGGAAUAUAGAACUCACCUUUACAUGAAGAGAAGAGUUGAUAAUUUGAUCUUCCUGGGACAAAAAUAUUGUACAGCAUCUAAUGGCAUCAGGGUAAGUUAAGGAACUAGGGUAAGAGAGACAGUUAUUAGAACAUUUGAAAGCUUGGGCGGCUAUAUUAAGUCCAUGUUUGUAUAGUAUUAUACUUAGAAACUUUUGUAGCUUCCCAGGAGAAGGUAGCAUAUAAUUUUAGUGGGCAGUGGUGACAUUUGUACUCUGUGCAGAAUGAUGUUUUUCAGUGCAGAAGCUGUAUAUACUUACCAUGUCCAUGAUGGUUUCUUCUGAAAAGCAAAGUGUUAAGAUAGCACAGGUGCCUUAGCACAGCAUUUAGUAUUUUUCCAAGACUUAGCUCAAGACGCACCAUUAGUUCUGUGGGCCAAAUCCAGUAUGAUUUAUGCAUUGUAUUUGGUGACUUUUGUGCUCUAGGCUCCAUAAGUAGUUGCAAGAAAGACCCUGGGAUUCACUUAGCCUAAAAUAUUCAUUAUCCAGCCCUCUAUAGAAGAAGAGAAGAGCAUACAUGAAGUCAUGAGGUCAUACAUGAGACUUGGAUCUGCUUCAUGUGCAGUGAGCAUGGUGCUGGUGUAGCAUUUAUUCUGAAUCAUGAAUGAGGAUGGAAGUGAAUGAUGGUAUUGACAAUGAAGAUGGAUUAGUUAUUGACAAUGAAGAUGGAUUAGCUGAUGUCAUCCAUUUAAGGCAUUUUAAAUCACAAGUGAUAGGUCAUGUUUAUAGAAGUUUAUUGUCAAAAGGGAGAAAGAAAUAAUACAAACAAAGCUACUCAGAUUUUUGUUACAAGUAUAUUACACAGGUACAAAUCUCCUUAAGAGAAUAAACCUGUCAGAGGUUAAUACAGAAGAUUUUACAGUACAUAAAACUCCAUAAAACUUCAAAACAUAAAAUGAGCUUGUAAUUUAAAACAAUAUAAUUUUAACUACAGAUACAUUUACCCAUCACACAUGAAUGAUUCAGGUUCAUCUACAUUGAGUCAGAUAACCUCAGUUCAUUUUGAAGUUUAUUUCUGUGUGAGGAUUAUAACAGUGAAUUAUAGUUUGGGACAUUUUUAAGGUAGUUAUACCAGAUUAGUUUUUUUAAAGUCUAAUAACUGAUUAACUAUACAGACUAAUUUCUUAGUGGAAAAGGAAGAUAUUUUACAUGUUUGCAUAGGGAUAGGACAUGCAAUAUUUUUAAAUAGAAAACUAUUUUAUUAAAACAAAAAUUUUUGAUAAUUUUUAGUCUUCGAACAAGGAAAUACUAUGCCUUAAGUGCCAUUUUCAGUGCCAUAUCAUCUCUUGAACCUUGUGGAACUUUUGCCUGCCUUGGUGUGAAAGGAGAGAGAGUCUGACACUUAAAGAGUAAUUUGCCCAACAAUUCUAAAACAUGUAGGCAUAUGAAUAUUAUAAAUUGUAAUAGAUGUAUCUUUUAGAAAAGUUAAUUAAUAUUUGAACUCGUAUUCUAGAGAAUGACUGAGAUUGAUGGCAUUAGUAAAGCUUGUAGAAGGAGAGUUUAGUCUGAUAUCUGCUGGUAGCAUCACUGAAGUAUGACGAAGCAGACUGAAGCAUAGUGCACGUUAGAGUAAAAGCAUCCCUGUUUUGCAUUGACUACGAAAGACUGAAAGGUAUUGUUUUCACUCCCCACACUGUGGUGUGAAUGUGUAUGAGUGUGUGUGUGUGUGUGUGUGUGUGUGUACAUAUGCGUGUGCGUGUGUGCAUGUGUGUCUCUGUGUGCUGCGUAUGGUGCAUUUGUCCAUGCAGAUAAUAUGCUCAUAUAUGUGGAGGCACCACAGAUAGAGGUCAGGUGUUUUCUUUAAUCCCUGACCACCUUCUUUUUUGAACAGUCUGUCACUGAACUUGGAAUGGGCCUGUCCCCACCUGUGCAGCACUGGACUGCAGUGCACGCCAGUGACAAGCAUGCUGGAGGUUUGAACUCAGGUUGUAAUGCCAGUUCAGUCAGCACUUUACCAGCUGAGCCAUUUCCCCAGCACCUACCCCCCACUGCUUAUAAAAUCAGGGACUGAGUUCAGGACCUCAGCAAAUGCUGUCCCACUGAGUAUAUCUCCACCCUGAAAACUAAUGAACCUGUGAGCCUUUUUUUGUAUCUAAUUAUGUCUUUUUGUGGGCAUGUUGGAAUAUGAACUGUUCUAUUUAUCAUGUCUGUGAAGUGUCUAACAAGCUCUGUAGUAAGAACUGACUAAAAGAUGGCAUUUGUCUUGUGAGCUGUACUGAGAGCAUGCAGGAGGAGACAAUUGGUCACUAUAUUUUCUGUCCCUCUGCCUUUUUCACCAGGGUUUGGGUGGUUAUUAUUGUAUUGUACAAGUGCUUGGGCUGCUUCUAAGAACUGUGGAGGGGAGCUUUGCUGGGAUCUGUUGGUUGUUCACUGAAGAAAAUCAAGAAUAUUUUGUUGUUGAUGUUUUUAUUUGAAGAGAGUGUGUUUGUCUGUUUGGACUUCUUUUUGUAUUGCCGCAUCAGAAACUAAGUACUUCCCCUCUGGGUUUAGAAAUACUAUUCUCUUAACAUUUCAUAUAUAUACAUUUAAUUUGUUCAUAGCUACCCCCUCAUUCCCUUCAGUUUCUCUUAUGCUCUCUCAGGAUACAUCUUGCUUCCAACUUUAUGCCCUGUGUGUGUGUGCGCAUUUGUGCGUGUAUGAUAUUGAUUUUGUUUAGUGCUUCCCAUGUAUGCAUGGGUGUGUGCUCAUCUACUGAGACAUACACACCACUGGUCAUCCUCUAAAGAGAAGAGUCUCACUCUCCCCGCAGUCUUCAACUGCAUUACUGCCUCCAUGGUGAAGUCCUUCUGUCUGUGAGGACUUUUAACUGACUUUGUCUUACACAGGUUUUGUGUGGGUAACUCCUCCUAUGAAUUCAUCUGUACAGCAGCACAUUAGGCCCAAGCAAUGGCAUUUUAGAACAUUGCUCUUAUAUUUUGCCUUCCCCCUCCUUCACUAUGAGCCCUGAACUGGGUGUAGGAGCUGUUGGUACAUACCUGAGAACUAGCUAUCACUCAUUCUUAGUUAUUUAACAGCUGCGCGCACCUAUAUCCUUUGCUGGCUUCCAUGGGCCCUGCCUCCAUGUACUUGCGUGCAUGCAUACAUACAGAUAUAUAUACCUACAUACAUACAUGUUUAUAAAGACUUUUGCACUUUAAAGAAAAUUGCUAUAGGGAUGGUGUUGCUUGAGGCCAUUUUGGUUGCUGCAUGAUGCUGUGUCAGUCUGGUAGGUUUGUGGCCAUGAUGUUAUUGUACACUGUCAUGGAAAGUCAUUGUACAUCAGAAUUAUCAGACAGAAGAAUUCUUCCUAUUAAUGCUAUGAGGAGACAGUCCCACUUCCGGAGCAAAACUGAUUGUUAUUGGUUGAUUACUUUUGUUGUUCUCUUAGCUAUUAACCACGUGGAAGAUUAUUUCUUGGGCUAAUCUUAUAGUUCAAUAGACAGAAUACUUAUCUGGUUUAUACAAGGUCCUAUAUUCAGUCCCCAACACAAAUAGAUAAAUAAGAUUAUUUUCUUAAAGUAUUUAGCUACAAAUCUAACUACAGGGUGAAGGGAAUUGAUACCAAAUAUUUAUAUAAAAUAAAAGAAUUAUAUUAAUUUAUCUGGCAUACUUCAUUUCAGUUGACCCUGUAUUAGAUAAGUUACUAUGUUAUAGCAAGCUACCUGUAUACUUGGUUUUUUUCUAGAACUAGUCCAGGAAAAAGUAAAAAUGUAUUCCUCAACUGCCCUGUUCACCUGUGUAUACACUUUCCUUAUGAGAGAGUUCUUGAGACUGCCAUAUGGGUAAUAAAUUCAUUGCUUUGUAUCUGUACAUUUAAUCCCAUCACAGCUUAGAAACAAAAAUUAGUGUAAAUAGAGCUGCAGUAAGAAUGUCGAAAGUGACAGAAGAGGUAAUAGGGGACUUAAAGCACCUGAACACUGGGCAUGCCAAUAGUCCAGACAGACGCUGCCGCCUGGAUGGAGUGCACACACCGCAGAGUUAAAGGAAGCAGUCAUGUAACAGGCUUCCUGAUCUUGAAGUAUCGAGAUAACACUGUUAGCUUCUGUUCCUUUUAGGACUUCUGUCAGUAAAACACAUUACGUUUUGAUGUUCUGUCAUGAACAGAGCACUUUGUCAUACUUGGUCAUCUUUGUGACAACCUGAAGAGUUAGGCAAGCAGAUGCCUUUCGUCUCCUGGCCUGGAGAAAGAAGUGGGGAGACACAGAAGAGGCAGAGGUGCGCUUGGACCCAUGCCCACUCCUCAGCUUGCUCGUCUCAGCACUGAGGGCACACUAGCAAGAGCCCUCUGUCACACCGACUGCCUUACACUGCAGCACAACUCAGAAGCAUGGAUAAUGUGUGUCUACAGUGCUGAGGCGUUGUAGCUCAUGUCUAUGUCUAGACACAGAAGGAAGUCACGUGGCACAGGUUCUUGUGUCUUGGCAUCUCUCUUCAGUUCUUCCCGUCCUCCCUGUGACGCGUCCUGAGCCCACUGUCCUUUUCAGGACCCUCACUCACAGCAUUCCUGCAGGAUUGUAGCAUCCUUGUGUAUGUGUGUACAGCCUUAACUGUUCCUCGAGACUGUUCCAUCACUGUGGCCAUAUUAACCUUUCCUAAAAAGUAGUUUCAUUACAUCACUUGUCUUCUGAUAUCUUUCUAUAACUUAAUAUGGUUUAAAAGAUCAAAUGGAUAUUUUCCGAUACUAGAGAUUGAACCAAGAGCUCAAAUGUGCUAACUAGAUAUGUGCUGGGGCACUGAGCUGUAUCCACAGCUCAUCUUAAACCUACCCUGAGACAGCAUCUAGGGAAGCUUCCCAGACAGGCCUUAUACUAGCCUCUAAUCCAGGCAGUCUGUGCCUACCUCAGCCUGUUGGUUAUUUGGCCUAGCUACAUAUGGGUCCCGAUCACUAGAGUCAGAUGACAUAUGACCUUCCUUUGGUGCUCCUUAUGUGCUUCCUACGGAGGCUUUCCCUAGGAUUGGUUUUCCUCAGUUAUCAGUUUUCGUUUAUUUCUUUGACAUUGGUCCUUUGACUUAUUUUUUCAAACCAUCUUUAAAACAUCCUUCUCAGUAAGUUGUAUUUACAGUAUUUGGAUCUGAAACAAUUUAUAGUGGUGCCUUCUGCCCCAAUUUGUGUGUCUUCUUAUUCUUUAGAUAACCCUGGUACACUUGGAACAAUUCUUGUUUCACUUUUUUAAAAAUUACUUUUAUUUUUUUUGUAGUCCAGCUGUUGCCCUCCUCCUGGUCCCCCACUCCUCAAUGUUCCUCAGUCCAUUCCUUCUUCACCCUGUCUCCAAAAGGAUGUUGCCCUCCCCACUCCCUGGGACCUCAAGGGUUAGGUGUGUCUUUUCUACUGAGGCCACACCCUGCAGUCCUCUGCUAUAUAUGUGUUGGGGGUGGAGGGGGGAUUGGGCUAGCUCCUGUAUGCUGCCUGGUUGGUGACUCAGUGUCAGAGAUCUCAAGGCUCUGGGUUAGUUGAGACCUGCUGGUCUUUAUUCUACAGAUUUUGCAUUUUGAUUAUGGUGUGCCUUCCUAUAUGUUUAUAGGCAUCUCUUUCUUUAGGUUGAGAAAGUUUUCUUCUAUGAUUUUGUUUUUCUUCUAUCCUUAUUUUUCUUAGGUUAGGUUUUUUCAUGGUACCCAAAUUUCCUGGAUGUUUUGUGUCAGGAAUUUUUUUUUGAUUUAACAUUUCUUCAAUUGAUAUAUCAAUUUAUUCUAUUGUAUCAUCUAUGCUUGAGAUUGUCUUCCAUCUCCUGUAUUCUGUUGGUGAUGUUUGUCUUUAUUGUUCCUGUUCUCUUCCCUGGGUUUUCCUUCUCCAGAAUUACCUCAGUUUGUGUUUUCUUUAUUGGUUUUAUUUCCACUUUCAGGUCUUGCACAGUUUUAUUUAUUUCUGUUACCUGUUCAUUUAUAUUUUCCUGUAUGUCUUUAAGGGAUUUAUUUGUUUCCUCUUUAAAGACCUCUACCUCAAUGAAUAGCCUAGUAAGAGCACCAGUGGAAGGGGAAGCCCUUGGUCCUGCCAAGACUGAACCCCCAGUGAAUGUGAUUGUUGGGGGGUAGGGUGGUAAUGGGGGGAGGAUGGGGAGGGGAACACCCAUAUAGAAGGGGAGGGGGAGGGGAUAGGGAGAUGUUGGCCUGGAAACUGGGUAGGGGAAUGACAAUUGAAAUGUAAAUAAGAAAUACCGAAGUUAAUAAAGAUGAAAAAAAACCACAAAAACACAGGGGAUGGAAUAUGGAAAGAGCUAACAUAAAGACCUCUACCUGUUUGAUUGUAUUUUCCUGUUUUUAAAGGGAUUUAUUCAUUUUCUCUUUCAAUGUCUCUAUCCUUUAAAGUCAUUGUCUUGUGCUUAGGCUCUGUUCAGAUAUCCAGGGUUUGCUGUGUGUUGGAUUGCUGUGCUCUGGAGGUGUCAUAUUGCUCUGGCUUUAGUUGAUUGUGGUCUUUCAGGGGCCUUUAGCCAUCUGGAUGAUUUUGGUCCCUGAAUGUUCUUGUUGCAGUAGGUAUUGGGGAAGGGGCGAACCUCGAUGUCAGGACUAUAGUGGGUAUCCUUGGACUUUGUAUUUCAAGUCCUUCAGGUCUAUAUGGUUCAGGAACCUCAAGUAUAAUGAAGGUGGGCAGAGAAGUGCCAGGAAAAUGGAGUCCCCUUGGCAUAGCAGGCUGCUCAAGGCAGCUUGGCUUGGCCCAGAGGGCUAUAGAGCAGGGAAGAUGGGAGGGGAAGGGAAGCUUGUCUGAUCUGCAGGUCUGAUGAAGGUAGGAAGAGAGGUGGUAGGAGAAUGGAGUCUCCUUGGGAGAGAAGACUGCUCAACCGCUUAUUUGUGACGGUAGCAUUUGCUACACUGAACUGUGGCCAUCCCAAAUCUGUACAUUAAAGCUUUCAGUUUUGGUGUGACUGUAGCUGAAGAUAGGGUUUCUAGGAGAACUUAAGAUUAAAUGAGGUCAUAAUGUUGGGUGCACCCUGAUCCUAUAGAGCUGAGAUUCCUGUGCUUUUCUUCACACAAAUAUAGAGGGCACAAUCAGAAGGCUACUUGUAAAACAGCUCAUAAGAAACCUGAACUGGGUCUGACCAGAACUGUGAGCAAGUCAAUUGUUGCCUAAGCUUCCUCAGCUCUAAGCCUUGGCUAUGAAAGAAGUGAAGUAGGAUAUAUUAAAUGGUGCCCCAUUCUCUGGUAGCUUCCUCAGUAUAAGGUAAAAGAGCCCUUUAACAUAUUUGUUACAGGGUUUUAUGUCUAAACUUUAUUUUGCUUGCAGGCAUCAUUGUCUACCAUGUUCCGUAUCUUUACUGCCCUGGCUAAGUAGUAAUAGAAUUUUGGUCACAACUUAUUCUAGAUUUGCUUUUAGGGAUUUCUGUGACUUAUUGACUGGUAUGGGGCAGUGGACUAUGCCACCAGACAGAAGAACUGGUAAGGUUGUAGCAAGUUCAGAACCUCACUGUUGAGAAUGGCAGGAGUUUGAACCAGUUCCGGACCAGAUACCUGUCUGGAGUACAUGACCACAACAUCCCACAAGGAGGACCAUGACAGUCAGUCAUGCCUGGACAAUACCUCAGGUCUUUCCCCAUGCAUGUUAGAGGAUCCCUAACAUCUCAGACUGAGCCAAUGGGAAGAUCUACCCUUAAAUACCACACCAUUCCAAAUGUGUUUAUAAGGAAUGAAGUACACGAACUAACUUAACAAAAGUUUCUGAGGGUCUUACUGAGCUGUAACACUCCAGGGAAGAAUUUUCUCUGCAGAACGUUUAUUGUUGAAUCUAAACCUGGCCCAGGAGCUGGUGUUCUGGCUUGACACUCACCACUCCAUGCUCAGUGGCUGCAACUAUGGCUCCUAGCUGCCUGCUGUGUCUUGCUUUCCCCUCAGAGAGCUACUGUAAUACUCUGGUCUUUCUGGCCAGCAUGCUGGGCUAAGGAUUCCCUGCCAGUGUGCCCCAGUACGCAGACCAGCAGUCUGGGAUCCUUCAAUAUCCAUGGCAUUGUCAUUUCACAAUAAACAAAUGUUUCUUUUUAGGCUUGCUUUUUCUGUCUUGUACUGGUUGAAAACCUCCAGAUACAAGUCCUUACACUCAACUCCAGAGGCCAGUUCAUUGCUUUGCAGUGAGAGAAACUGGAAUUCAACAGUUAUGAUGGGGACUGUAGCUGUAGAGUUUAGAUGGUCCUUAUGGUCAUUUCUGAUAUAUGUCCACAUAUAGAUGUAGUAAAGUGAACUGGAAACCAAACUUAGUAUGUGUUUAUUAUAUGCUAUAUAUUUUAUACAUCUUUCUAUACUUCUUUAGAGUGUUAGUUCUGAGUACGUUGUAUCCAAUCUACAUAGGGUCAUAUAAAAAUUACUUAGGGAAGUUUAAUCAGUUCUUGCAUGUGCAAACAGACUUUAAUGAUGACCAUCUUCUGUAAAGGACUAUUCUGAAAUCUCUCUUCAUCUCAGCCCAUUUGUAUUGGCACAGUUUGUAAUGACUUUAGAUUUGAAGAAUAUAAUGAAUGGCUGUUAUUAAUCAAGAAUAACUGUUUUCUUUACCUACUAACCUUAGAAUGGCCUGCACAGUACAGAUGCCAGCACUUUCACCUCAGCUACAGACUUUCACACCAACUUCUGUGUUUUUUUAAACUUACACCCAAGAUUUGGCAUUUAAGAGGUCUUUAAUUUUUCACAAGUGUAAAUGUAGUUAUGGUAUGUAUGGUCAUUCAGUGAUAAUGAGUUAACAAACUAUGGGAACUAGGUCUCACUACAAAUCAGAUGGUUAGAUUGUCAUGCCUCUUAUUUAUUAUCUUUUUGUAAUGCAUGUUGACAGUAAUGUUAUCAGGAGUGUUUGGGGCCAGAUAGUUUUCAGAGGUUUUACAGAUUUUCGCCUAUUUGCACAGGUUAUCAGCUGUACAUGGUUAGUCUGAAACCUGAGUUGAGCGCUUCAAGGUGAGGGACUCUCAUGCUUGAAAGGCUUUGGAGUGGACUUGGUACUCCUCUGUCUGUAUGGAAACCUGCAUCCUGAGCUCCUUGUUUCUCCUGGGUCCUGAGGCACUCGUGGAGCUAAGGAGAGAAAGAGCCAUUUCUGUCAGUCUCAGAAAGUCUAAUGAAGUCACUGCUGUUGUCUGGUGAAUUUCCAGAAUUUAAAGAAUUGUUUCUUUCAAAAAAAAAAAAAAAGGAAGGAAGGAAGGAAAAAAAGAAAGAACAAAAGACAUUGCCAAAACUGAGACUAGAAAUAAAGUUUCCCUCUCUAGAAGCUUACAUGCCAUAGAGACAGGCACUAAAAGAAACCUAUGACAUGAUGACAAGAGAGAUUGUCAUCGGUAUAAGUGCAGAAAAAACUUUUCACAUGUUUACCUGUCUUCCGGGUAGAAAGCUCCAAGGCGUCAAUGAGCCAGGCUGAAAGGACUAGAGGAAUGGCUCAUGCUGGAGACAGUAAGAGGAGAUUUUAAUAUGGCGGCAUGCAUAUUCACUUAGAGGAUUUGCAGUACUUAGGAUAGUCAGCAGAUAACAUCAGGUCGUCACUUGGGAUGGCAGAAAACUAAUUCAGCAUGCUGCUAAAGCAGCUUUUCCUCAUUAAAUAAAAUUAUGUGAAGAAUAUUGUUUUUAAACUGUUAUUAAAUUAGGGACAGAAUAUCUCAGAUAUGAUUAAUCCUAAUGUACGAUAAAACAGAAAGGACUGUGGUGCUUUGGAAAGAGGACCUGUGUUAUAUGCAUUACAUCUUAGCGUUAUGGCUUUGGAUAAAGCACACUUUGUAAAUUUUAAAUUUUUUGUAUAUAAUGUGUCAACAAUACCUGAACAAUUUACCAAAAAUGAUGGCCAAAUGAAAUAAUAUAAAAUUUUCUGGUAAAUGGUUAAGCUCUAUAAAAGUUUUAUUUAUAAAAUAUUAUCAAGAAAGUUCAUAACAUGUAAAAUGAUGUGAAGAUUUAAUAAUGUCCUGCAAUUAAAUUGUAAUUGUUCUUUUCUGUUUGAAGAUUUUUUUCUUUAAAAUUCUCAUCUCAAAACAAAACAAAAAACCCAACAACAAAAAUCUUGCUUUCUAGUUUUUGUGGCAAUGAUAUAAGUUUUUUUUUUAAUUUUUUUAUUAGAUAUAUUUCUUUACUUACAUUUCAAAUGUUAUUCUCCUUCCCAGUUUCCUGUCCAUAAGCCCCUAUUUCCUCCCCUCCCCUUCCUCCAUAUGGGUAUUCCCCCUAUACAGCCUCCUUAUUGCCCCCCCAUAUACUCCUGCACUGGGGGUCCAACCUUGGCUUCCCUUUCCCUUGGUGCCCCAACAAGGCUAUUCUCUGCUACAUAUGCAGUUGGAGCCCUGGGUCAGUCCAUGUAUAGUCUUUCGGUAGUGGUUUAGUCCCUGGAAGCUCUGGUUGGUUGGCAUUGUGGUUUUUAUGGGGUUGCAAGCUCCUUCAACUCUUUCAAUACUUCCUCUAAUUCCCCCCAAGGGGGGGUCCUGUUCUCAGUUCGGUGGUUUGCUGCUAGCAUUGCCCUCUGUAUUGGACAUGCUCUGGAUGUUUGUCUCGGGAGAGACCUAUAUCCGGUCUCUUUCAGCAUGCAUUUUCUAGCUUCAUCAAUCUUAUCUAGUUUUGGUGGCUGUAUAUAUAUAUGUGGGCCACAUGUGGGUCAGGCUCUGAAUGGCCAUUCAUUGAGUCGCUGCUCUAAACUUUGCUUCCAUAUCCCCUCCUAUGGAUUUUUUUCCCCCUUUUAAGAAGGAGUGGGAGCAUCCGCAUUUUGGUCAUCCUUCUUGAGCUUCCUGUGGUCUGUGGAUUGCAUCUUGGGUAAUUUGAGCUUUUUGACUAAUAUCCACUUAUCAAUGAGUGCAUACCAAGUGUGUUUUCCUGUGAUUAGGUUACCUCAUUCAGGAUGAUAUUUUCCAGUUCCAACCAUUUGCCUAUGAAUUUCAUGAAGUCAUUGUUUUUGAUAGCUGAGUAAUAUUCCAUUGUGUAUAUGUACACAUUUUCUGUAUCCAUUCCUCUGUUGAAGGGCAUCUGGGUUCUUUCCAGCUUCUGGAUAUUAUAAAUAAGGCUGCUAUGAACAUAGUGGAGCAUGUGUCUUUGCUGUAUAUUGGAGCAUCCUUUGGGUAUAUGCCCAGGAGAGGUAUAGCUGAGAGAAAAAGUAUAGUGAGUACAUUUUGAUAGUAGCAUUCAAAGUAUACCUAUAGGUAAGUUUAACAAUCUAAAAAAACAUUUGUACAUAAAAAAUAUAGAAAAUUCAAGUAUAGAUUUAAGUAUGCCUUUUAGUCUUAAAGCAUGUGAAAUUUUUUUCAGUGUUUCAAUUACCAGUAUUCAACUUUUCUAGCAUUAUAUAUAUAUUUUUUUCCCAAGAGGAACUUUAAAAACAAUUUAUUUUCUAUUUCUAUAAUUAAUUUUUUCUUUCUUUUUUUUUCUUUUUCUUUUUCCUCCAUCUUUAUUAACCUGGGUAUUUCUUAUUUACAUUUCAAUGAUACAAGUUUUAAGAAUACAUGUCAACUGCAGCCUUCCCUUCUCCACUGCUCCCAGCCUAUCCACCAGAUCCACUGCUCCUCUGUUUCCCGGCAGAAAAGAGCAGGGCUCCCACGUUACUGGCAAGAGACGCCGGCUAGGAGUGCGCUGAGGAGGCUCUGCACCAUAGACUUCUCUGAUCAAACACAAAGGAAUCGCAGGCAGAAAGACCUACAGUAUAGAGAAUGUCAAGAACUUCUAAGUCUCUACCAGAAGUACCUGUCAGAGCAGCAAGAGAAGCUUACCAUGUCGCUCUCAGAGCUUGGAGCUGCUAGAGCACAGGAACAGCAGAUAACCAAGAAGAAAAUCACUCACCAGUCUUCAUUGGUGAACCUGGAUGGUUCCUAUCUGAGUGUAGCCAAACCGCAAACCUGCCAGACCAGGGCCAGGCCUAAGUCAGAAAACCAGGACUCAGCUUCAGAAUCCCACACAGCAUUAAGGAAUAAUUCUUUGAAACCAGUAACACUUCAUCAUCCCAAACAGGAUUUAGAGAGGAUGUCAACAGAAACCAGAACGUGUACUUAUGAAUCUCCAGGGAGGAGACUAAUAAAUGCAGCCCCAGUAGAGGAAGCUCUCCCAGAAGAGUUGAAGAUAAAGGACUAUCCAAACCUUCUGCCUACUCCAUCUAGUCAGUACUGUGGUCAUAAAUACUCUGAAAGUGAAGCUUAUGUUCAUGAGAACUAUCAUCCUACGAACAUGGCCUCUCAGUGUUGUAAGACACAUCCAGAAUCAUGCAGUCAUUGUAGGAUGUCCUGGGCAUCUCUCAUGCAUGAUGGAGUGACACUGCAACCCAGAGAAACCGACAUCGAAAAACAACUCUCAGAAGAUCGAAGGCAGCAGCUGAUGCUUCAGAAAAUGGAACUGGAAAUUGAAAAGGAACGCCUUCAGCAACUCCUGGCCCAACAAGAGACAAAGCUUCUCCUUAAACAGCAGCAGCUGCACCAAUCCCGACUAGAUUACAAUUGGUUAAGAACUCAAGCUGUGUUUAGAUCUCGAGAACUGGUUGCUGAUAAAGACUUUCCUAAACCUGGAAGUGACUCUGGACCAAGUUUAUUGAAGCCGAAAUGUGAUGGAUGGCUGCGUGGAACCUCAUCGUCCUUCAGAAAGUGCCCAGACUCUCCAAACAGUGCGCAAAACCAGAAGGAGAAGAAAACUGUUGAGUUUCAGUCACACGUGGAGAAUGGCAUUCAAUGGACAUGUCAACAGAAUGACACAUGCAGACUCCAGAGAGAGACAGCAACUGGAGUUAGAAAAGAUGCUUCCACAUCUCCUAUGUCAACACAAAGCCCUAAACACCCCCUGACACCAGCCUCAUCGUCAUCCAAGCACAAAACCUCAAGGUAUGAGACAUCUCUGUUGGACUUGGUUCAGUCUCUGAGCCCAAAUUCUGCUCCUAAAUGUCAGCCCCAUUCCUCCAGAGCAGCAGGGACAUGGAGUGCUCUCCGACCUACCCCUAAGACAUCUACCUGGAAGAAAGUGGGGACACAUAAGAGCCCUGAGGACCUGGAGGAGAAUCAGAUUCUGGAAGACAUAUUUUUCAUAUGACUCUGAAGCACAUGCUACAGAAUUUCCACAGGAAAUAUUUGAGUUUCUUUCCAUAUUGAUGUAGGAUGUUAAACUGAAAAGAAGCCGUGUCUCUCCUUUCGUGGAGACCUCUUGCUGGCAUCCUUUUAUAGUAUUGAAUAUAGAAAGCAUUCUUAUAAAUCAGGGUGGUUUUUGUCAGACCAGUUAGCAGAAACAGACUAAAGGGGGUCACUUAGAGGUAGGAUCUUUUCUAUACCAAACAGAAAUUAGAAAUUGUGGAUACUGCCUGCAUAGUAAAACCCAUGAAUGUCUAGUGUCAUUUUAAGAGUGUUUUCAAUUUACUACUGCAAAAAGUUGACUCUUUACAGAUGGAAAACGUUCCCAUUGACAGACCCCUUAAAUAUGAAAGUAGCCACUUCAGAAAGGCUCUUCUCUCCUCACCAAUGCUAAGUGUGGCGCUUCAUUCCGACGUUGAAGUUGGUGACUCUAAUAUCAUCUUACAUGGGACCAAUACUUGUGGGUCAUAGUGGUCAACCGAGUCAUUGCCACCCCUUAAACCAAAAGGCUGAAUGACUUAGAGGGAAGUUUGCAACCAGACAGUGGCAUUAGACCACAUGAGGGCAUGGCCGCCUGGGGAAAUUUACCAGUGUCCAGGCAGCCACCUCUCCAGUGUUCCAUGAUGGGUGUUUCUUGUCGACUUCAGUGUUGUAAACUUUACCUGUGGUUGUGUCUGAGGAAGAUAGCACUAGAGGAAGAGUGGUGUCGAGUGGCUGCAGGCUGGCAGGUUCCUUCUGCCCCACCUCACACCAUAGGACGAGUAUCCUCCUCUGAGCACCGUGGAUGCAGAGUCUGAGAACGCUCUGCUGAUUACCCUUCUUGGCCCAGAUCUAGAUCUUUUCUCCUCAGGCUGAGCUCAGUGCUGUUGGUUCUACUCAGGCUCCCUCCCAAGCUCAUACUCUUCCUCUGAAGCAGCUGCAAGGGCAAGACUAAUUACCCUUUGGAAAUUUAAAGUUCAUUGAAAAUUCCAAUUUUCUUUUCAAAUUCAGCCUGAGAGUAACUAGAACAGACUUGUUCUACUUCAAAACACCUUUAGGAUAUGCCUUUGGAGGGGCAGAAAUAGCCAUAUUCUCAGUUGGGUUUCCAGAAACAUCUUUUCUCUAUCUUGUGUCAAAGACAGCUUAACUAUACCUAUUUCUUUACACCUGCUAUAACCAUAGUCACCGUUCUGAGCAUCAGUAGUCUUACUACUCCUGUAUAUCUCCAGAAGGAAAAGAAAGAGAAUCUGAUCUCCUUAAGAAGCUUAUUUACAGGUAGAAGAGUUGUAAACGGCCUAAAAAUGAAAGCUUUUGUGCAGUGACAUGCCAGUGAAUAGAAUUUAAUUGCUUCUUCACCAGCAUGGGAAGUUUGGAAGAGAAAAAAGGGGGGUUUUCAGUCAGUACACUUUUUAUACUUCACAGAUCUGCCAUGCGUUACCUUCUUCUCAUGCAUAUACAUACAUACAUACACACACACACACACACACACGGAUAUAUAUAUAUAUAUAUAUAUAUAUAUAUAUAUAUAUAUAUAUAUCCUAGUGACUUUGUUAUUAACCAAAUAGUAUAUUGUGGCCCAUCCCACAGAAGAAUGGGAAGAAAGUAGGAGCCAUGUGCCUCCCUGGAUAAUGCUCUCUUCGGUGGUUGGUUGGGACUUGCUUGGCCAGCUCCUAGAUGUUUCCUCCAAGCAAAACUGCACUCAAUGAUAAAAAUUUAGUUUAACAAGAUUCACCAAGGUCACCAGAUAGUAAGGAGCAAUUCAAACCCAGAGGUGAAGAUGGGGGGAAGGGGAGUCAUUGUUCUUUUCUUUACUUCUCUUUCCUAUUUUGAGUAAAUAUCAAAACCAUCAAGACCAUUUUCUACAGUCCAGUUAUUAUUUAUCAGACACAUGGAUUGGUAAGGAGAGGAGAGCAGUGGGAAGAAGGGAUUAAAGGAAACAGGCCUACAUCCCUUUGCAGCCUUGGUACAAUUCCUUAUUGCAUGCAGUUCUCUCAUAAAGGAGAAGAGGACCAGAAGAGAGAAAUGGAGAUGGUGGGCUCUGGGACCCUUCCACUGCUCCUUCCUCAGUGCCUUAUCUGCAGUGUUUAAUGUUUUUCUUCCAAAUUUAAGAUUUCUAACUCUCAUACUUGGAAAUACAAAGAACUCCCCAGGGCUUACAGGUCAAGGGGCACAGGCCCUAGAGAGGCACAUCAGGGCUCUCUGUCUCCAGCCCCAUGUCCCUUUGCUGCAUCAGCCGCCUCCAUUACCCUCUUCUUUGCUCCCCAUUGCAGCUCACCACUGUUAGACACAUCCCAAUGGCACACUUCUCUUCCCAGGUCCUUCUGGGUGAAUAACUUAAGACUAAGUUUUUACCACUUUGUGAAAUUUUCCUUAUGUUCCUGGCACUGUGUACUGUUGACUCCAGUAAGAUGUGCAGAUAUGUCCAACCCAUAAGCCAUAAGCUGUGACGUAUGGUCAAGGAUAGCUGUGAAUGUGGCCCAACACAAAAUUGUAAACGUAAGACAUUUUGAGUAGUGUGGUUAUUUUUGUUUUUCACUUUUGUGUGUGUGACUUGAUUGUGCAGCUCUCAAACAUGAACAUUGUAUAUAAUAAAUCAUGUCAUCAUGUUGCUGUGUCAAAGGCUGGCCAUGCGGCAAGUCCAAGCCUCUGUGGUGGCCCUCCUCGUCAUGCCACAUUGUACUGGGUACUGUUUGCCUUUCUUGUUAGAGUUCCAGGUGUCCAGACUAACAUAUGCUAUGUCGGAGAAGCCAAGUUCACCAUUUGUAACAUACAGACAUGCAGGUGAGUUAUUGAUACCUUCAGAUAAUGAUAAUUCUACCUGCAGUUUUAGGCCUUAUCUGCUGACCUAGCCCUAAAAGCCUAGACCAGAGAAAAGCUAGAAUGAGAAGGUCAAAGUUCCCAAGAAUGUGAAGCUGACAGUUGGGGGGCACUGAGACCCAUCUCCUUAGAACAUGGGGCAACCAACAGACCCAAAGGCAGGGAGCAGAGUCAGUGUUAGAACAGUACAGAGCUGGUUGACCAGAACAGUUUCAUUCCAGAGCUGACACCCCUCUGCCCUCUGUGGUCUGACACCUGAUUGGCUCAUGCCAAGCAAGCACUAGCACAAACAUUGCCCACAGUGACUCCCACCCAGAAGCUCCCUCUUUCUCUUCCCCAGAUGCUGCCCCACACUCUCCUCCACACUCUUUCCAGCUCUAGGUCCUAAGGUGGCCAGGAGGCUGCUGAGAUGAGGGAGACCAUGCUGUAUCCCAGGGAAAUGGGGUGAGCCCUUAGUUUUCAAACCUCCUCUGAGAGAUUUUAACUUGUUGGAUUUAUGUAGCAUUGGAAAAUGAUAAACUGUAUGAAUUUUCUGUAUUUUCCAUGGACAGUUAUUUAUGGAGGGGCGUUUUUAACUCAAGUGCUAGAAAUGUUAAAUCAUCAUAAUAAAUUCAUGCUAUUCAGACUUUCUUAGAGUGUGAUAGUUUUUCUGAGAAUGAAUGAAGAGACCCAUGAUUUCUUUAAUAUGCCAUUAUGCAUGUCCUCUCAGAAUGACAGCUGACUUCACGCUGGAGAAUGGCAGCAGGAGAUUUCCUGUGUCAGGGUGGAAAAGUGGAGUGAUGCAGAGUCUGAGAAGACCAGACCCACGUGAAGCUGCAGCAGCAGACAGAACUCUGGUCGGGGUGGAAGGAGCAGCCAUGCCAGGGAGGGUCUGCCUGACAUGGCUGCCCCACAGCUUCCCCCCUGAGCAUGGGAGGGGCCACUAGGCAUAGAGUGGGAUCAGAGGUGCCAGUGACCUUGCUUCUUGUUCUGUCCAGGGUCAGACAUCAGAGUGAGGCUAGGGUAGAAAAGAAACACACAUCACCCCAUGGUGACAGAUUCUUGUCCAAAGCAAAAGGCUAGUAGCCAUCUUUCUAGAACCUUCUUCCACUGGAUUCAUGCCUUCCUCAAAUUCUCAAGGAAUUUGAGAAAAAUUCAGGAAUCUCAGUCUUGAGUGAACGCUGAAGUACUUUGACUGUCCUGGGAAAGUGUAUCACUCUAGAUCCUCAGCAGCAUACAGAGCAGUGGUCAGUCUGAAAUGCAGUGCUGUUUCUCUGAGGUCAUUUUAGAUAGAACUCUGAAUGGCAGUCCUAUCCUAGGCAAAGGCGUGGGGCGUUUAAAGACGUGGAUGCUGGAGAUCUAAGGUAAAUGAUGUCGUGUUAACAACUUGGCUGCAUCAAGAAUCAUCUUGGAGACAGCCCUCCAGGCAUACCUUAAAGAAGCAUCCAGUUAGGUUAGCAGCUGAGAAUGCUGGAUACUAAUACUUUCAGAAAGACUCAUCCAUUAUGGGUGGCACCAUUCCCUGGCAGGGAUACUGGAGUAUAUAAUAGGAACUGGGCACCUGUGCAUAUCUGUCUCUCUACUUCCCAGCUGCGUCAGGCUUCUGACUUCUCUGCCUUGGACUGUAAGCUGAAAUAAACUCCUUUUCCUCAAGUUGUUUUAUCAGAGUAUUUUAUCAUAGCACGAGAAGAAAUACCGAGGUAGUGAGCAAGCUCGCAGACAGCCUUACAUGCUAAGCAAGGUGAUGGAAAGAGACUUGUGAGGUUCUAACUCUCUUUAAUAGAGUACUGCUCAGGCUGGAGAGAUGGUUCAGCAGUUAAGAGCACUGACUGCUCUUCCGUAGGUCCUGAGUUCAAUUCCCAGCAACUACAUGGUGGCUCACAACCGUCUGUAAUGGGAUCUGAUGGCCUCUUCUGGUGUGUCUGAAGAUAGUGACAGUGUACUCACAUACAGUAAAUAAACAAAUCUUAAAAAAAAAAAAAUAGAGCACUACUCCCUAGUGCUUCAUUAGCAGCCUAGCCUCAGUCCCUAUCUGUGUGGUGUUGUACAAAUCCCUUCACCAGUCCAAAUUGAGUGUUUCAGCCUACAUAGCAUAAACAAUGUACAUAUUCACACCUGCCCUUGCCCGAGGCUGCUCACGUACCUUCUGGGAUGCACAUCAGGCAAUUUAUCUGAACUCUAGCAGAUGGCAGCAAGCUUCCCACUGUGUGCCCCACACUCUGUGUGUGUGUGUGUGUGUGUGUGUGUGUGUGUCUGUGUCUGUCUCUCUAUCUCUAUCUCUCUGUCUCUGUCUCUCUCUCUCUGUCUCUCUGUCUCUGUCUCUCUGUCUCUGUCUCUCUUUGUCUCUCUUCUCUCUCUGUCUCUCUGUCUGUCUCUCUGUGUGUGUGUAUCUGUGUCUCUGUCUCUCUCUCGUGUCUCUGUCUCUGUCUCUCUCACACACACACACAUACACAUACACACACACACACACACACACACACACAAUCCUUUCAUAACUCCUCUAUUUAGAUCAGAAUAACUAGAUCUGAGGAGGUAGCUUAGUAAAGUUUCUUAUUUUAUAAGCAGGAAGACCAGAGUUUAAUCCCCAAGGCCAUGUCCAAAACCUGCUAGGUAUUAUACUAGGUGUUACUGUGCACACUUAGAAUUCCAGCAUUGGAGAGACAGAAACAAAGGCUAAACACCCAGAUUAACCCAGAUUAUCCUAUUUGACAAGUUUCUAGCCACUGAGAGAUACUGCCUCAAUAAAAGGUCAGCAGUGUGUAUUGAGUAACAGAGAGAGAGAGAGAGAGAGAGAGAGAGAGAGAGAGAGAGAGAAUCACUGGUGAUACUGCCUUCUCUCUGGAUAUGGGCUGCUCCAGGGAAGGUAGCAUGGGCAAUGGACAGCUGUCGCUCACACUGACCAUAGUUGUUGUUGACUAUUUUUUUCAAUGUUUAUCUUUAUUUUUAAUGGCCUGGUAUCCAUAAGCAGUACAGUGUGGGCUUAAUGUGUGAAGAUUAAAUAGGAACCACCCAACUUUUAUGUUGAGCUUAGAAUACAGAAAGGCAGUAGAAAUUAAGGAACUCCUGUAUAGCCUUAACCAACAGUCUUUAGAGUUCACUGUUGCUCAUUUGCUUGGUCACUCAGUUUUUCACAGACAUAUAAACAACCAUACCAUUACUUAAUUUUUGAAAAUACUCGAGGGCAAACUGAAGACCCACUACCCUCUGUUUUUCAAUAGUUCUGCAUGUCCUUCCUAAAAACAAGGGCAGCUUAUUAUCAAACAUGGUGACCAAAAUCAGGAAGUGACCUGAAGACAGUGUACCCUCAUCUAAUAUAGAGCACAGACCUCAUUCGAUCCUUGUCAGUUGCUGCACUGAUAUUCCUUACAAAACUAAACCCAUGGACACAUUCUGGGGGACAUUUUUAGCUCAGAAUCAUGAAUUGUUUAGUUGUCAUGUUUCUUUAGAGGAUUUAGUAGAAUGGGGGCUCCUUGAUGUUUCCUGCUGGUUUGAUUCAGGUUACGCAUUUUUUAGUUUGUUUGUUUAAAGUGGUGCUGUGCUCUCAGGAGAUCAAGUGGGAGGCUGUAGAUCAUGAUCCAGGAGAUAGAAGCCUGGAUCAUCUGGGUAAGGUGACGUUGGGCAGGUUUCUCUACCAUAAAGGAACUCCUUAACAUUAUCUUAGUGGAGGAGGAUUCUUUGAGAGCCCUUGCAUGCUGUGUUUUAACUAACUCAUUUCAUAAUCCAGCAAGUUUCCAUACCUCCAGUGCAAUUCUCUCCUUCACCUUAGGCCCUUGCCUCACCCUCCCCCAGCCCAGGGCUAGGAAACCGAAAGCAGAGGAUUUUCUUCUCCUCCUCAAAGUGUUCACUGGGCUGAGAGCUGCAAACCCCCCCACCCCCCCACCCCCGCAAUGCAAAAUAGGUACACAGCAGGCAAGCCCGGUCAAGUGGUCCUCCUCUGAGGGAAACAGGAGGUCCUCUGAAACAAAUGGGCCAUGAACCCUGAAUUCAGGGACAAGGAGAAUUCGAAUGGUCAGAAAUCUGGAGAGGUAUGAAGAUCUGUAUCCAUAACCCAAUCUUCAAGGUCCCAGUGGAAUGCUGGGAUAGUAACCAUCACCACAGAGGCUCCCAUAGCCCCCAAGGGAGAUCAGAACCCUCUAGGCUUAAUUACUUCUGGUCUCUAUUCAGAAUGGGGCCAGGUAAACAGGGGACCUUGCUAAGAUCGUAUAGGGCAUAGGGCAUGGCAGAUCUCCUCCAGCCCUGCCACUUUUUAUACAGGCAGUAAAUGCUGCUAGGUGCCUGCUCUGUGCCAGGCAUCAUUUAAUGCUGUAGUAGCUCUUGAUCGAAUGGGUGGAUGUCUCCAGCCCAGCAAGCUGUCUUCUGCCCAGAGCUAAUAAAGGUGUAGAAUUCUACAUUAGCAUCUCUGUCUGGGAGCACAUCUACGAAGAGUUAAGCUGGGAGUACUCACACAGUGCUCCACCUCUGUUCUUGAUCCUGACUCCUGCCCCUUCUACCACCUGACAGCUUUAGGGGCACUGGAGUUGGGACAAACCUUGAGACCCAAGAAGCCUGCACACUCUUCAGAGGAAGAAACAGAUACAGGUUGAUUUGUGCCUCUCUGGGAAAGUCUGAUUCCACUCUUUUGGCCUGGAGUUAGACUGUGUGCAUUUCAGGUUUGAAAACCCAGCCAAGAGGCCUCUGAGGCUUGAGUUACACCAGUACUCUGAAUAGGGAGACCUGUCCAACAUACUGAGAUCUGCUGCCAGGAAGACCAGGACACAGCCCCAUCAGCUAUAUAUACUCUGAGACCUCCACAGUCCACUCAAACUUACCUGUGUCCUUGAGCUCAGUCAGGGGCGUGGGAAUAACUAGAGUGCUAUGAUGACUUGGUAAGUGCACUGCUUUGAACAAGGGCCUGAGUUUCUCGGGAUAUUCCCCACCCCUCCCUAGGUAUCUUGUAGUUCUUCAGGUCUGGGGUCCUCUGUUCUCCAUGCCUUCCAGGUUUUUGUCUACACAGCAGCCACUCAUCCUCUGACACUUGACUCAGGUACCUCCUCUCCAGUCUAGGCUACUUCUUGCCUUCUCUCUACCUCAUGGUUCCACCUGCUGUUGUCUUGUGAUUGUCUAGGAAUGAGGGAAGAAGGGCAGCUGGUGUAAUAAUCCAGGUUCCCACUGCUUUCUUGCAGGAUGAUUUGGGGCAAGUUACCUACCUUGUCCAAGGUUCUGCUUUCCAUCAAGAGAAGUAAUGUCAGCUUACAGGAUGACCUCCAGGGUUAGAUUAAAACAAGGUACUUGGAAAGUAGCUGUGUGUUCCCUGGUUUAAUCUCUCCACCCUAAUUCUUAGCCCAAUAGUAUGUGCACUCUGAAUGGCUGAACACAUUCAGGAAAAAAUGCCAUGUCCCAAGAAUGUUCAUUUAAAAGUAGAACCAUAGAGCUCAAGUCUGAUGAAUGAAGCAGAGGCCCUGAGCAGGGUUGUGUGUGGUAAGGCAAGUUUGUGGGGCCUGCCAAGCAGAACCUCAUGCUCAUUCAUAAGGCUACACACUCUGCCUAAACUGAUAAAAAUGGCCCACAGUGGCCUCAUUGUUGAGGUCUUUCUCUGAUAUCCAAGAGGAAAGCAGGGAGCAGAAAACCAAGAUGGCAGCUAGUUCCUGCUCCCUUGAUCUCAUGUCAAAAUCCAUGGCCCCCAGAAAUAGUUCCCAGGAAGAAGUAGCAAAGAGUCAUGGCAAAAAUGAGUCACGGUGGAGCUCCUGAUGACAAGAAGCACUUUCAUGCCUUAGCUGGAGAAUCAAGAAGUAGUUAGUCUACAGUCAUUCUUAAGAAUCAUCUUAGGGUUUCCCCCCUGAGUCUAACAUCCUGGAAAAAUGCUGGCAUAGUAUAAAAGGCUUUUACAUUCCAGUAGAUGCAUAAAAUGCUAGUAAAUAUAACGUCUAUUUUAAUUUCCUCUUGUUAAUAUUAAAAAGGAAGCUAACUUAGAUUUUGGAAUUCCCGCCCUCCUUCCAAACUGCCCUUUCUGUCCCUGUCACCACCAGCUGCUACCAGGGAGAAGAAACUAUGCACACACUAGCUAUGCGGAGUGCCCCUUCCUUCCCUCAAGAGCUCCAGCUACAGUAUGAAUUCAUCAUGAGAAGGAAGAAGCACAGUGGCUGCCAACUCAGUACCGACAUAGCUAUUGUACAAGCAAAGUAGAGAUCUGAAGGCAAUGGGUAGUAAGAAGAGAGCAGUGGGAGACGUGGUGCAGUGGGGAAGGGGUGCAAAGAAUAUGCCAUCAAGGAAGCAUAACAGCCAGAGAGAGACAAGGGGUGCAACAACAGCCCUUUGUCACAGGCAGCCUUAUCAAGGGACUUACCUUUUUUUAGCCACAUCUCUCCCCUCAGGAAUAGUGACACUAUCAUCAGACUUAUUGUGGAGAUGAGAAUCCAACUAAACAGCUCUCACCGUAACAUGUAGCACAAAGCAAGCACUCCAUAAAUGACAGCUACACUCAUGCUUCAGACUUAAGUUUCCACAGCAAAAGUGCUCAAGCAAAUCCCCGUGUGUCCCCUUGCCAAGGCAGUUCACUGCCUAGAUCUGUCGUCUCCACUAGAAACAAGGUAAAACCUGCAGCAUGGGGUGGUAGCAUAUGCCUUCAUCCUAGAAGGUUAAGGCAAGUUCAAGGCCAGCCAGAACUACUUAGUAAGACUGGCAGGGGCAGGGCUGAGUGACUGCCACCAAGACGCCAAGCAUCUGUAACUAAAGGGCCAAUAUAAACUGGAAAACUGGUGAUGCUGGAGGGAAGAAGGAGCUAGAAUCAGGUUCAAAGACUUCAUUGUACCCUCUUCUUGCCAAAUUAGCUUGCAGCUUGAGGCCAUCUGAGCCAGGAGGAUGACCACAAGCAGAAGGGAUUACAGGAGCCUUGGAGAUGCUCAUGGAGUAAGGAAAGAGCAGAGGGUGCUGGGGCAUGAUGCAUCAGACGUCACCUCACUGGGGACUCUGGAUAAGAGCAGCAAGAGACAGAUUUAUGUGCAGCCAGCAUGAUAAGGAGUAUCCCGGGGUGGUGGGGGCUGGCUGAGCUUUACAAAACUAGAUCUAAGUGGCAUAGUGUUAAUUUCAAGCUUUGGGUAGGAUCCCACUAUAGGAGUGGUAUUAUCCCUAUUUAAAGAAAUCAAGGCUUACAAACAUUAGCCAACUUUUCAAAGUGACUCAGAAGGCACUGGAGGGAGUAAAAUCCUGGUCAUAGCCCAAGCCUCACAGAAAGAGGCUCUGUCACACUCUCAGCUCUUAGACACAGGCCCACCCUCUCUGAAUGCUGCAACACCAUCACUAUCAGUAGAGGUGAGGUCUAGCAGAAUCCCCUAAAGAGACUCAUAGAAAGGCUAGCAGUAGAAAGGAUCUGGGCUUAAAUGAGGGGUCUGGAGAGCUAGUUUAGGCAGGUCUGCGGCAGCUGGGAGUGCUGGGGACCAGAGGCAGGAGUCUGAGUGGUAAGAAUUUGAAGGGAGGAGGGUAAGUGGCUUAUGGUGAUGGGUGGGAGUUGAAAGCAAAGAACCGAAGCCCCAAAACCCAGUGGGAGGGGUAUGUUAGCUAUGCAACUUACUCCACGCGUGUCAUUAGCACUACUUAAGAGACAUUUUCAAACAUGUACCACUUUGGAACAAGCCCCAGUAAUCUAUAAUUUGUCCUUGCAGGCAGAGUGACUCAGGAGUGAUGACAAAUCUAACUGCCAGAAGUUAAUAGUCUAUUGAAGGUGAUAUAUCAAUGGCAGCUAAUAAUUUGUGUUUGAGGAGAGAUUCUAUUCUAGGAAAUAGCCAAGUGGCAUUCAUGGUCAAGUCUGUUGCCUGGGGCUGAGCUGAGCGCAAUUCCCACAUAUCCCUUUAUCCACCUUACCAGGCAGACAGGCAGGCAGUUAGAUUGUAGAUCCAGGCUGAUUCACUACAGCCCCUACACCAGAAGGAUCUGUGGAGGAACUGUCAACUGUCCCCAGACACUACUAGCAUUCACUGGGAGAUGGAGAUGGUGCAACACUGGUCAGAGAGCGGCUCUGUCAUGUUAUGUCCCACUGUACCUGUGUUCUCAAUGUGGAAAGGCUGAGGAAGAAUGGGACAAAAGGGGUGGGAAGGAGGAAGAGGUGGAGAUGUCACAAUCAUAGAACAAUUUCUGAAAGGACUUUGCAAGACCUUGGGCAUGACCAGUCACGAAAAGAUGUUGGAGGUGGACUCCGGGUCAUACCUGAAGGCAGGCUCACCCUGCAGGAUGGCCAUGCAGAGAGCAUGUUGGCCAAGUUCUCACCAACUAUUAGACCUCAAUGCAGUGUAAAACAUGAUGAGGGGAGAAGGGAAGCAUGUACCAAUGAAGUUCCUUGUAUCUGCUACAUGCAUCGAUCGAACGGACUCAUAAAGUGAUAGGAGAGGAAACUACAGGGUGUGCAUGCAAGGAGGGUGCAGUUAACUUUGCGGGGACUUAUGCUAGACAUAAAAGGUUUACAGUAAUGAAUAGACUGACUCUUAGAAAUGGGGGCUCUACUAAGUGAUAGCCCACGCUGCGGUGGGGGAUAUCAGUGGAGGGCUAUAAGCUAAAAACCAGAAAUUGGUGUAGGCUUCACUUAGACUAUCUCGACUCUCUCUAGAGCAAAGGGGCUUUGCUAGGGAGAAUGAGUGAGCCAUAGCUCUCUGUGACUAUGGAAUGGAAAUGUAGAGCAAGCUUUCAAGGACUCUGUACCUGCCUGAGAUGUUGGUAGAUUGUAGUCCAUGCUCAAUAUACAGAGCACACAGCAAUUGCUUGAUGUGUACUCUUGCCACCCAGGGUUUAUUUUAUACAGCUAGCAUGUUCACGCUGUGGCAAUGGUGAUGGACAUGUGUUGAAAAGGCAGAAGAGGCUCACAAGCAACUCAGCCCUUCUCCGGUGGCCACUCCAAGGAGACCCACAGCCCCAAACCAGAGCACCUCUGUGACUACAGGGCAGUCCAGGAUCCCAGACAGGGUGACAGUGGGAGGUAAUACAAAGGAUUAGACGGUGUGGUAGGUACCCUGAGGCCUGAGAAUAACUGUCAGCUGACAUUGGCUUUCUCUAACUGGUAUGAUGUAUUUCAGCUCUUAGUAUCCUACAGAAACCACAAUUUAACAUGGUGCAAACCUCAAAAACUAUAAACCUUUCCGUUCCCCAGAGAAUUUUUAGAAAAUACCUUCCUACUCUUCACAAAGUAUUACACCAGUCAUGCAGCUACAGGAAGUUAACUCUUCCAGGAAGUCUGGCUUUCAGGAUGGGCAGAGCUGGCUUUCCUUUGGGUUCACAUCCUUUUGGGAAGACCCGGGUGCACGGAUUAAUUUCAGGACAGUAGUCUACUCUCAGAACUACCCCAAAGUGGGGUCACAGCUUUAAAGCUCUGUCCAUAUUUGCUGAUACAUGGAGGACUCUUUUUCUCUAGCUGACACUUGCAGAGCCUGGAUAAGACACAUGGGCUGGGCACUUGGCACCAAUAGGAAAAAUGGGCAGAGGGUUGGUCCAUAGAUGCCAAGGAUUGCUCUGCAGCUAGUAUCAUCACUGCGGCCACCACCCCUUUGGAGAAGCCAAGCAGUACUGAAGAAGUGAGCCAUACUCCAAAACAAUGAGUGGCCUCCUGCUCCCCUUCACUCCUGCAGACACUUUAAACUGUACACACCCCUACUGCUAGCUAUAGACAGUGAUGAACUCUUAGAUACGGUCCAUCCCUAGACCAGAUUUCAGGGUUGGAUGUUGAGAAAGAACUAAGGCAGGGGAGAGAGAGAGAGGGAGGGAGGGAGGGAGGGAGGGAGGAAGGAGGGAGCACAUGGAGAAGGCUUCUCUCAGAAAGGGCCUGAGAAACACAUGGCUGCUAUUCCUUUAUCAAAGAUGUCACCCAGGAGUCCUGCCACUGGUCUCCAGCAAACCUGUUCCCUGUCCUUUCCCAUUUAGGACAUUAUUCAUCUGUUCCCAAGGCAUCUAAAAGGUAUUCGGAGCUUAUGUCAUAUCUAAGUGUGGGUGGAAGCUGUUGUGGGUUGUCCUGGUGCUGUUUGUAUUCUGAUGUUAAUUCUGCGUCCUCAAGUGGGGCUGCCCCGAAGAGGAGUAGAUGGUGCACUCGGGUGACUUUAUGUGAACCUUCUCCCCCUUUUAACUGGUCAAAUAAGGGAAAAGUGGGGGAAAGUAGGGAACAAAGGAGGAAGAAGAUGGAGGUAGAAGGAAGAUGGAGCAGAACCACAGGGUCUGGAGAAGCCUCAAGUAGCAAGGGAUCUCAUAGCUGGUGAACAGUGCAAUGGUAAAUCUGCCUGCUCUGUACAUGGAGCUUAUGCAUAUAACUGAGUUGUACGUGUUUGCAUGGGCUUAAGGGGGUUGGGGAUUUACUGCAACAGAAAGCACUUCUAAGAGGCUUCCCAGAGCAAGAUUCCAGCUCCUCUUCCUACACACUCCUGUGGGACAGGGACUCCAAGAGUCCUGUUUUCUCCUUCUAGGCAAACUGUCCUGGUGAGUGCAGGGCCAAGAGCAGAAGGCUCAGGAGCAAAGCUGGGAUUGGUCCCUCCACUGUCUCGUCCCCUAAGGCAUAGCAUCACCCAACACUAGUCCAUCUCCAGGUCAGACAGCCUUCCUUUGCUUUUCUCAUAAAGGAAAGGGGGCUGUGAUAUUUAUGUCUAGGCCUGGUGACCAGUUCUCCUCAGGAAGCCCAAACCAAAGUGGAUUUGCAAUGGAGACCGAGAUAUGUCAGUUGUGGUUUUCUUAGGGUGAACAGGCCUGGCUUUUAUUGUUCCCACACAGUGAUGAUGUCACAGUGAGGACCUGGAUGACAGGUUCUAGAAAGAGAAAGGACCUGGACAGACCUUGAAGCCUUGAAGCAUAACUGAAGAGAACCUGAGAAGCACAGAGCAAAAAAAGGACUCUUGCAGGGUUUUGGAUUUUUUUUUAAACUGUGCUUUAUUUAGGGCUAAGCUGGAGAAAGCGUCAUCCAAUAGUUACAGAAGGUUACAAGGAGUUUUAGGGAGUCAGUGUGAAAAGAGCAGUUGUAUUGAACUGCAGCUGUUUUUUUUUUUUUUUUUUUUACAACAUCUGGA